AUGCCUCGACGAACUGAGAUUAGUUUGUGUAUUCUUCUGACUUUGGGAUUUGUUUUUGUAAUAAACACACAAUAUAUCCCAUUAUGUGAAUUAUCAAAUGAAGUUGAAAAUGAUGAUCAGGAGAGAACAAUUGAAGAAAGCAAAUCACGACGCGUACGGGCGCUGUGUGACGCAAUUUAUUCAGCUCGAGAUCAAAUCGAGAAUGAAGAGUUGGAUACCAUACCGGAUUUUGAUGUCAAUCAUAUAAAUUCAGAUGACGAUGCGAAUCAAAUUUUGAGACGAUUUCGGCGAAGUCGCUUUUCGAGCAGUCGCAGCUCGUCAAGUAGUAGUAGUAGCAGAAGUAGCAGCAGCAGCAGCAGAAGUAGCAGUAGUGGUUCGCGUUUCUUUGGUGGUAGUCGAUCAUCGUCGUCGUCUUCAUCUGGCGGAUCGCGGAUUUUCGGCAGUCGCAGUUCAUCGUCCAGUUCUGGCAGUCGUAUCUUUAGCCGAAAUAGUGGUUCGUCUUCUAGCAGCAGUAGUGGAAGUCGAUUUUUCAGUCGCAGUAGUGGUACUUCAUCGAGCAGUAGCGGUGGUAGUCGAUGGUUUGGUCGAAGUAGUGGUACCUCUUCGUCAUCUUCAACCGGCAGUCGUGGCGGAAUUUUUUCGCGAUCGUCAUCAUCAUCGUCAUCGUCAUCUGGAGAUAAGAGCCAUCGCGUACGUCAAGCCAUUCGCUCAAUGAUACGUAAACCAGCCACAUCUGGUUCAGGAGUUCCAGCCACUUCUGGAGGAUUAUCGGGCACUGGAGGAAGUAAGCCAAGUCUCUCUGAUAAGAUUCGUAAAAUCACACACGGUAGCGGUGGUGGUAGUGGUAGCACGUUCCGUUCGUCUGGAUCGGGAGGAAGCCGUUAUGGAUCCGGAAUAAGUGGAGGCGGAUUUGGUAUGGGAGGUUCUGGUGGCAGUGGCGGAAAUGCUUGGGUUCGUACUGGAAAGAAAUUUCUGCCCUAUGCUGUUCGUUUUGGUAAAAGAUAUUAUCAACGACGAAAAUAUCAAAAAGGUAUGUAUGCUGCUGCCGGCGCUGGCGCGGGUUAUUAUGCAGGAAGUCGUAUGAACGGCCAUCAUGGAAAUUAUUAUCCAGACAAUUAUUAUGGAUAUCCUCCUGUUGUUGACAAUGAGCCGGCUGAAAUCGAUGGCAAGCCGCCAACUGUCUUCUAUUGUAUACAAGAAGAUCUCAAUACAACAUUAGUCAAUCAAACAUUAGAUGCCGAGGGGUUUGGUGUAUGUAAUAUAUCUGGUGAACUAGUCACGUGUCCAAUUGAAAUCGAAUGUAAGACAAGUGAAGCAGAUACUUGUUGUGAAGAUGAGCAAGGCGCACCAAUUUGCUGCGGUGGUGCAAUCCCUGAUGAAUACGUAUCGGCAUACGGUGGUUAUGGUGACGAUUUGUACGAUGCAGCAGAGAGUUUUAACAAAAUAUUGAAUACGAUUACAGUUAUAUCGGCGCUUUUGGCAACCAUAUGUUAUACUAUAUGGCGCCGAGAAGAAUAA